AUGGGUGGUGACGACAGACGAGAGUGUCUCUCCGGCAUGGAGCAGGCCAGCAGGAAAUCCAAGCUGGGAGUCGUGUCAGGCGUUUACAUACCCGUCUGCCUCAAUAUCUUCAGCAUCCUCAUGUUCCUUCGUUUCGGCUGGAUUCUCGGCCAGGUCGGGCUCUUGGGCAUGCUUGGAUUACUGGUCACGGCCUACGUUGUAGACUUCUUGACGACUCUCUCGUUGUCUGCCAUAGCUUCAAACGGCGAGGUCAAGGGUGGUGGCGCCUACUAUGUCAUCUCAAGAUCUCUCGGCCCCGAGUUCGGCGGUUCUAUUGGGGUGCUGUUCUACCUUGCUCAGGUUCUCAAUACUGCCCUCAACGUUGUUGGUCUGGUUGACUGCAUCAAAAUGAAUAUCGGAGACUCGUUUCCACAUGGAUACUGGACUGUCUUCCUUCUACAAGCCUUGGCCUUGCUGCUCUGCGCUGGAUUGUGCUUGGCCGGAAGCGGCAUAUUUGCCAAGGCCAGCAAUGCGUUACUCGUCGUACUCACACUUGCCAUCGUCAGCAUCCCAAUAUCUGCCGCCUUCAGAUCACCCUUCCACGAUCCUGAGCUCGGCGUGCGCUUCACUGGCUUUAGCAUUGAAACGCUAGUCGACAACUUUGCCCCUCACACGAGGAGCAAGUCGUACAAGGGACUCGAGACUUUUCGGGAGGUCUUCGCCAUCCUGUUUCCCGCAACGUCGGGCAUCUUCGCAGGGGCUUCAAUGUCGGGAGAUUUGCAUAACCCCAGCAAAGAUAUCCCAAAGGGGACUCUCUGGGCCAUGAUGACCACCUUCAUCGCGUACCUGAUUGUAGUCUUCUCCAUGGCUGCCACCACGACACAUGCCUCCUUUCUCAACAACACCAACAUCAUUUCGGUCACAAGCCUGUCAAUGCCGCUGAUCCUUGCUGGAGAGUGCGCCGUCACCUUCUUUUCUGCCGUAAUGGGACUGAUAGGGGCUGCCAAACUCAUGCAAGCAUUAGCCAGGGACAAGUUGCUCCCCGGCCUGUUGCCUUUUUCACGGGGCACAAGAAAGAACGACGAGCCGGUCCAAGCCAUUGUUCUGACGUAUGCCCUUGCUCAAAUUGCCAUGUUCGCCAAUCUGAACCAGAUCGCAACUCUCAUCUCUAUGGGAUAUCAGAUGACCUUCUUUGUCAUGAAUCUAGCAUGUUUCCUACUCAAGAUAGGAUCGGCCCCCAACUUCAGGCCCGCUUUCAAGUUCUUCAGCUGGGAGACGGCCUUCGCCGGGAGUAUCUUAUCUGCGGCAGCUAUGUUCUUCGUCGACCAAACCUACGCGGCCACUGCCGUCUGUCUGCUCAUCUUUCUCUUCUCCCUGAUCCAUUAUCUUAGCCCACCGAAGCGAUGGGGCGAUGUUUCGCAGAACCUCAUCUAUCAUCAGGUGAGGAAGUACCUCUUGCGACUACGACCCGAGCACAUCAAGUUCUGGAGGCCACAGAUCAUCCUGCUCGUCAACAAUCCGAGGAGGCAAACCCGACUGAUCCAGUUUUGCAACUCCGUCAAAAAGGGCGGUCUGUACAUACUCGGCCAUGUCAUUGUGACCGACGACUUCAGCAGCGGCGUUCAUGAAGCGAGACUCCAGCAGGCGGCGUGGACCAAGUAUAUCUCGGAAUUCUCCCGCAUCAAGGCAUUCGUACAGCUUACAAUGUCUCCUUCCAUCACCUGGGGCAUCCGAAACUUGAUUCUGUCAGCCGGCCUGGGAGGUAUGCGCCCGAACAUUGCCGUCAUGGGAUUCUACAACAUGGACGAACUCCGGAACUCGCGUCCUUCGGUUAAGGUCCCCAAGCCUCCGGGAUUCGUCAAUUACAAUCCCCCCCAUCCACCAAAAGCCAAGGAACGACCUGCGCGGAGGAAGCGAGGUGACACAUCGGCACGCCUGAUGGACAGCUUUCUUCCUACGGACGUCAUCAAAACCGAGGACCAGAUGAGCGUGACCAGUUACAUGACAAUUUUAGAAGACUUGGCUUUGAGGCAUAAGCUCAACGUCGCAAUCGGCAAGGGCUUUGAGGAGCUGGAAACCCCGCGUAAGGACAAGGCCAACAGCAAGAAAUACAUUGACCUUUGGCCGAUUCAGAUGUCGGCAGAGGUCCUAUCAGAUGGGAAAAGCGUUCUUACGACUAACUUUGAUACGUAUACUUUGAUUCUCCAGCUCGGCUACAUCCUCUCCAGCGUUCCCACGUGGCACCGAGUCUACAGCAUUCGCGUUGUGGUGUUCGUGGAAUACGAGAGUGAGGUUGGAGAAGAGAGGGCCCGCGUCAAGGCAUUACUUGACAAGCUGAGGAUUGAGGCCGAGGUCAUAGUCUUUUGGCUGGCUUCUGGACAUCUGAACACCUACGAGCUGAUCAUCAAUGGGCAGUCCAAUGACAUUGAAUCCCAAAUCAUGGUACACGACCUCCUCAGAGACGAAGAAUGGUGGGAUGAUCUCCAAAGAUUUCGGGGCCGGGAGCCUAACCUGGACUCCACCGAAGAGCUCACGUCUUUCGCAAAUAUCAUCGGGUCCACGGCAGGACGCCCUGGUGUAUUCAACCCGCAUAUACCUUUGGAGGAUAUCGAAAGUGGACGACGGCCAAGUCUGAUGCACUUUGGAGAGAUCCCCAGAAAGCCGACGGUAUCCAACCUUUCCCGGCUUGGCGUCAGUGUUGGAAUUCACACGUCUCAUCUCGGAGAUGAAGUCUUUGAGGAAGAGUCCAACUCCGAUGGUGAAAUUAGCGAGCAGGAACAGCCGCCGUCCUGCCUGGAUUCCGAUUCCGAAUUCGAAAACGGCGGCAGCGAGUACAGCGACGACGAAAUGCCCGACAUCGAGGCUACGCGGCGCCCGUUGCUGGUGGCACGAGGACGUGGGCGAAGCCAGAGCGAAGACUUGCUCACCGGAUCGGCCAAGCAUCAGCGUGGCGUGUCCAGCAAGAGCGCCGCACCGGCUACGAACACGUACGGUACGAUGGUGUCACAAGCCAGGACUGAAGGACAGUUGGGACCAAGCCACGUGGUGCCUGUCGACAGUGCGUCGGUACCCCCCACUCCGACCGAACGGCCUCUGCUAGAUCGCAACAGCACUGCCCGUUCUAUGGGCGGUUUUCGGUCAACUGGCGUCAACACAUUCUCCGAUAUGACCCAAGGAAGCGCCUCUGGAUACGCAACUCCUGCAAGGCCGACUCUCUCUCGUCAGUCGUCCGCGGUACGCUUCUCCAGCCGGCCGAUGCCAGAGACGAGAACAGAUGUCGAGGGCACUUCUGGGCCGACGAUCAUGUUUGCGGACACUACAGAAGAGGAGACGCCGAGAGCGGAACAACCCGCAUUCUCUCGCCAAUCCUCUACAGGACGGUUCUCUAAUCGCCCAGUGCCCGAGAUGACGGUGGCCGUGCCCGAAGAGUCUGAGCUCACCAGCACGUUUGCGGAAGCCUCGAGUAAGUCCCACAAAGCUUCCGCCGCAUCCGCCACCGACCCUGGCUAUGUGCACAUGGACAUGGCGGAACUUGUGGGGCGAUACAGGCUAGACUCGAGGGCUGACGGUAAUGGAGAGGGGUCGCCUUACUCAACACAAGGCAUUGCACUUUCGUUCAACGAUUUGCCGUCUCGGGCGCAGCAUGUCAUCCUCAAUGAGCUCAUGCGGCAGAACAGCAAAGACACGGCAGUAUUAUUCACCACCUUGCCUGUGCCCACCGAGGGAACAUGCCAGGAUGAGCAGGCAAGCAUUCGGUACCUGUCGGAUAUUGAAGUCCUGUGUCACGAGCUCCCACCAGCCAUGUUGGUCCUGAGUAACAACAUGACUGUCACGGUUGGGCUCUAA